UUUUUUUUUUUUUUUUUUGGUGAGGGAAGAAGAAGAAGAAGAAGAAGACAGAUAACAAAAACGGUAUCGAUUUCUCGAACCUUCACAAACCCCUGCGUCAUCCCUGAUAAUCCCUGAUCAUCUCUUUUUGUUACAGCAAGUCAAAACGCCAGCCUUAGCUUCGCGGCCGUCACACGCCACCAUCAAAGCUUCUAAAACUUGUGUAUCCACUUUCUCCCGCUCUCUUCUACUCUGCUAUCCCACAGAAUCUUGCAUGUUUUUUUUUCUCACUCUCUCUUGUCCUAGACUUCCUAAGUAGUCAACCCUCGAAUCGGCCACAUAAACUUAUGUACACACCUUCGAAUCUCAAGUCGCGGACUCGAUGCUGACCUAGAAUUAAAGAGCAAUCAAUAUAUUCCGUACUAUCCUAUCCUGGUCGGUUUCAUACGACUUAUCAUCGCAUCUCGGGGAUGUUCCCAUCCGCAGCACUGAUAUCCAUAUAAAAUUACCAACUUUACCUUGAUGCGAAUAAUAUUAGUUAUUGAUCGAGCUCACCGCUAGGUGCCUUUACUAUGGCCGGUUCAACAAACACCAGAUCUAAGUCAAGCACAAAUGUGUCUCUCAAGGAGCCCAAAGGUGUCAAAAGUGUAAAUGGGGUCAAUGGGAUUAACGGUUUAAAUGGACAUACAGCAACUCCCAAGCGGAGAAAUACCAAACAGAAGAAGCGGAGCUUCUUUGCGUGGAGCUUUAACAUUAUCGCAAGGCUAUUAACGUGGUAUUCCAUCUUUACCCUUUUUUUCCGGUGUCCCUCUACUCUCGACGCCUGUGACGACACAACGCCCAAGAUAUGUAAACCCUACUUCCAGAUCAAAUCAGCCGUAACGCCGCACAUCACACCCUAUUACGAUGCUUAUGCUGCACCUUACGUCGAUGUUGCCAAGCCAUACUACGAUACAGUCGACCGCAUUGUCAUCACUCCUGCCCGCACGUAUGCAGUCAAAUAUGGUGGCCCACGAGUUUCCCAGGCCCGAGCUUUUGGUCAGGUCAAGUGGGAGAAAAAUGUGCAACCUAAGCUAAGCGAGUAUCAAGCUAUAGCAAAAACCCAGUACGAUCAAACAGUGGCGCCCCAUGUGGAGAGUAUCUCUGCUAUAAUAUCUCCUUAUUAUGACAUUGCACAAGUCAAUGCUCUACAGACCUACCACGAAUUCGUGCUCCCAGCGUGUGUAUUCAUGCAGCCUUACGCCGCACAAGGUUAUGACGCUGCCUAUUCGUUUACGACUGACACUGCAGUUCCCUCGACUAUCUGGGCCUGGAAUAAGACUUACACUUUCCUGGACACUACAAUCUGGCCUCAUCUACGAGAUGUCUACGUCAUGAAGGUUGAGCCGCAGCUCGUACGUAUUGGCGAGCGACUAGGAAGGUACAAUGAGAGAAAGGCCAAGUUGGUGACCGAAGAAGCUAGCUCUUCAAUCUCACCCAAAUCCACUUUUACAAAGCCGGUAGCUUCUUCCAUCUCUUCGUCCGCUGCUUCGGCUGCCAAGACCAUUGUCGAACCUGAACACUCGAGCGAAGCAGAAUCCUUUGGAGGCCAAGGAGCACCGGAAGUCAAAAUUAAGCAGAACAAAUCGCCCACGUCGGAGGAAACGCGGGAGCUAGCCGCGAAGAUCGCCGCCGAGGAUCUCGAGUUAUGGGAAGGCAAGUUUACCACAGCUGCACAGGAGGGUGCCGCUGAAAUUGAAGAGCGCGUGGAUGAGAUCUCGGCCCGCAUGAUCGAAAGGCAUGCCAAUGGUAUGGGUAGGUCUCUAGUGAAGCAACUCGAGGAAACCGCCAGCACCGAGCUACAGAACCUCAAAAAAUCCAUUGUAUCCAUCUUGGAAAAACAUGGCAAUGAGAAUGAAAAAAGAGACGAAGCCCUCGCUGCUGCUGUCCGGGCUGCUGGUCUCGAGAUUAAGAACAAAGCCCAAGAUAUUCGUGCCUGGCGUCAGACAUACGAUCAAGAGACAGAAAUCGCGGUUACUAAGGCAGCUCAAGAGCACUACAGCAUCCUUCAGAAAACUCGCGAUCUUGCACUUCAGAAGAUCGGCAUGAAAUGGGCAUGGAUGGACGGCAUCACCUACAAGGAUUGGAGGAAGUAUCACGAGCUAAAGGCACGUUUCGACGAGUGGACGGAUGACUUCAAGCGCUUGAUUACAACGCACCCUGGCCUUGUAUUAGCGCAAUCAACCGGGGCCGAAAUCGAGGACGAGGGUAUGAGCAUUGCGCAAGCUGCUGCUGAAGAGUUGAGUCGAUUAAAGCAGGUUGCUACGUGGAAGGCCAUAGCUGGCGAUGCUAGCGAUAACUUCGAUAGCGAAAUGGCUGAGUUGGCAGCAAUCUCUGUUGCCCAGAAGGCCGUGCAAAGCGCAACGUCAGCAGUUCCUCUCGCUGGUGAAGAGAUCAAGAACGAACAAGCGAACCCUAACAGCGCUGAGACCGUCAUAAUAUCACUUUCCCAAACAGAUGCGGAAGACCCUAAUACUUCUUCGCUCGCUCCAACGGAGAGCCUCGCGUCCGAACAGACUGAGAACGCCACUGGUUCUGUCGAGCCGCUCCCAUCAUCUGAUCCAAUUGAUGGACCAGAGCAAGUUCAGGAAACGAUCGUCGAAUUACCCGAUGAACCAGCCGCGCCCGUUCAGCCAACUACUACUACUACUACUACUACUACCAUUAAACCUGCCCUCUUCGGCGCCGCAGCUCAGUCGGUACCUUCGCGACAACCUAUUCUAGACGAUGACAUUGUUUCGUCCGCGUCUAGCGCUGCGUCAGUUAUUAAAUCAGAUAUCCCCGCUAGCAUCACAUCGGCCGCGCAAUCAGCAUAUACUGCCGCCGUCGCGGGAGCUGCGGAUCAUUAUUUACGUGCUAUGUCGGCCGUAUCCGCGCAGAUCCGCGGAGAGCCAAAACCUAUCCACCAAGCGAUGUUCAGUUCUGUUUCGAGCGCAUAUCUGGGUGCAAUUGCCACGGCCAACUCGAGACUCAACGUUGCGAUGACAGCCGCAUCAGAAGGCAUCUAUGGCACUCCCACUACACAAUGGAUUCCUGGCAUUCCAACCGUGCCAUCUGUCGAUUGGGAAAGAGUCCAGUCCAUCGCACAACACAAUUUUGAUGACUCGUUGAAAUGGGCUUCGGAGCAGUAUGAAUCUGCAAAGGUAGUCAUCGGCGCUUCUGAACCAACACCCAGCACGUACCUCGAGGAGGCAGAACGGAAAGCUGAGAAGCUUCUCAACCAGGCUAAGCACAAUUAUUAUGCAGGCAUAGGUCUGGCACACGCACGUUAUUCCGAAUUCCUUUCUGCUGCGUCUACAGCCGUGAGCUCCUUAACGGCUACGCCUACCCCAACCAAUAUCCAGGAGUCUGCCUCGUCCGUCGCAUCAGUAGCCGGUGAAUCGGUUGCUUCUGCAGUCUCAGUUGCUAGCGAGAACGCCGAGUCCAUAGCGUUGUCUGUCGGCGGCUUAGCAUCCGAUGCAAGCGACUAUAUAGGGGAGAACUGGGAUGCGCUUGUCAGUCGUGUCAGCUCCCAGGUCUACAGCGCUCCUACGCCUACUCCGUGGUAUGAAAAUCUACAAGUUGCAGCCGGUGACUUUGCUUCCGCUGCGGGUGACUACGCAGCAUCGGCUACGGACGCGGCAGCGCAUCAAGUUUCAACUGUCACGGUAUUAGCAGAAGACUACGCUUCUUCGGCUAAUAUCGCUGCAGCAUCCCAGUACUCGGUCGUCAGCUCUCUCGUUUCCGAACUCGUCGUUGGUAAAGAGCCACCUUUCACCGAGUCGGUAUAUUCGCGCCUCAUAGGAGCAUAUUCAACUGGUGUCGCUUCAGUAUCAAGUCUCGCUAGUGUCGCAUCCGCGACUGCAGUCAGCGCCGCCAGCGAAGCUAGUGAUACGGCUAGGUCCGUCGCUGGGGCUGCCGCCGGGAAGGUAGGGGAUACAGUUCAGCACAUCAGAGACGAGCUAUAGAAGCUCGCGUCGGUAUUUUUUUUAAAAAAAAAGAAGAAAGGAAAAAAAAGAGAUCAUUACUUAUCUACGACUUGUCCAUAAGAGAAAUGCUAUAGUGGUCUUUGGUUGGUUUAUUUCUUCCCGCUCUUUCGGAACAUGACAUAUACCCAGAGCAUGUGGACGUGUUGACAUUUUCCCUCCCAUCUAUAUUAUAUUUCCAUUUUUUUUCGAUGAUGCAUUAGCGAAAAGAGAUGAGGUACCCUAUGCUAUUCACUUGUUAUCGGUAGCGAACGUGGAGACUAGGGCGACCUAGACGAAUUUGCAGGCGGAUCUAUCAGGCUAGCAGUUUGGUGGGGUUAAUUUACGAGUACCCCUAUGGCUAGGGAUGACGAUUGGAAUGACAUAUUCACGAAAACGACGUUGGCGAAAACCCUUAGGAGCAAACUGGGUUCGAGCAACGCAUUGGGGCAGGCCUGCGUAGGGGUGGGUGAGUGUAUUUGGGAUGUAUCAAUUACGUGUAUGACAACUGGCUAGGGAGAAGUAUUAGAUAUUCAAGGUGCUAAAAUUAUACCAUCACAAGCCAAUGAGUUGCAUAUAUUUUCAAUGUUGACCUCGAAGCUGUGUGUUGCAUUCAGACCAAGCUUAGGUAGGUACUUAUUCAAGUUACC